CACAGAAAAGCCAUUGUGUUGACAGCUGACUUUCUGUUAGUCAAGUUCAGCCAUGAAUAAUUCCAUUUAUCCAUUCAAAGCUCUGAAGAAAUCCAUUUCCAUGGCUGCUUCCCAACAACCCCUAUUCCAACUUUCUCCUCCAUAGCCCCAUCAUUUCAUGGUGCCUGGUUUCUUUAAUAGGCUUCCGUCUCCCCUUUUUGCGGUUGAGUUUUUUCUCGUGGAGGUGGCAGUUGGUUGGGAAUCAGUUAGACCUCCAUUGAAUUCCUUUCUGCUUUUUUCUGCAUUUGUUUUCCUCCGUUCAAGCUUGGAGACAGAGGAUCAUGGCGGUUCGCGCUAUUGUUCCGGCCAAUUUGCUACACUGGCUCUUCUCCGUUUCCGCCGGAAUUAUUAUGUGCAGAGCUGUGUUUGGCUUCACAUCAGCAUUCAGUUCUUCGUUUUUCAAAGGUUACCCCAAACUGAGCCCUCAAGAGAAGCUCGAAUGGAACAACAGAGGAUGCUCUACUUUCCACGCCAUUGUUGUGGCUGCUUCUUCUCUGUAUCUCUUGGUCUUCUCGGAUCUGUUUGUCGAUACUGAAACCGAGAUGAUGAUCAACAGAACAUCGACUUUGUCCGACACUGUACUCGGAGUUUCCAUCGGAUACUUCCUCGCCGAUUUGGCGCAACUUGUUUAUCACUAUCCAGCUUUAGGCGGGAUGGAGUAUUUCAUUCAUCACGGACUUUCCGUGUUCUCCAUCGUUCUAUCCCUCUUGACCGGACAAGCACAAGCCUACACGCUCAUGAUUCUGCUCACUGAAAUCACGACUCCAUUCGUUAAUCUGCGAUGGUAUCUUCAUGUUGCUGGCUUGAACAAUUCGAAGAUCUACAUUUUAAACGGCGUUGCCUUGUUCAUCGGAUGGCUGGUUGCGAGGAUUCUAUUGUUCGUGUACUUUUCCUUCCACAUGUUCGUUCACUUCGAUCAGGUGAAGGCCGUCUUCUGGUUGUGCUUCUACACAUUGAUUACGGUGCCUUUGUCGCUGGCGGUGAUGAACCUCGUGUGGUUCUGGAAAAUCGCCAAAGGAAUGACGAAGACGUUGAGGAAGGCUCGACACUGUGGAUAGGUUUGACAACUCUGAAAUGACCCUGCACAGCUGCUAAUAUUGCCUGUAAGUUUGUCGCGCCGCGGCGCCAUUCUUAGUCCCUGGUUCGAUACUAGCCAGUCGACGAUAUUCAAUUCGACGAUGUAUAGUGAAAAAUAUGGACACAAUUAUACUGUGAGAAAUGGAAAAACAUGAUCACAUAGUGUUGUUUAGAAGAACUGAAUUUUAAGAUCAUAGUAAGAAAAUCUGACUGAAAUUACUAAAUGUUUAGAUUGAAUCAUAUGUUCGUACAUAAUUCACAGUCGAUACUUUUUUGAGUAUCUAAUUUUUUAAUACCAACAUAAUAACUUGCAA